UCCGGCGGAAGUAACCACACUGAGCUAGCAGCGUUAGCUUCCAGGCUUCUUUGUGUUUAUCGGUGGUUAAAAAACGGCUUUUCUGGGUGAGCUGAAUGUUUAAGAGUCUGCAGUAACAAUAUCUUCGGUUAAUCUUCGGAGAGAAUCGAUCAGAGAGAGACUAACUGCUGCUGAGCGGAAAUAUUCAGCCUCACCGGAGGAGGAAGGAUCGACCAUCCGCUCAGACUGCUGGGAAACCCGGAUCAGCUCCAGAUUUGUCACAUCAUGUCUGCCAUUAAGCAAAAUGUUCUUGCUCAUCAUUUUGACCUCAACCAACAAGAGAUCUCUGCUAUGGAUCCGAGGGAAACAGAAUCUCAACGAAUCAAAGAGAGAGAAGAGGAACCAGAACUUCCACAAGUCAAAGCAGAGGAGUAUGGACCAGAACCUCUGCAGGUGGUAAAGGAAGGAGACCAGAUAAUACUGAAGCAGGUAACAGGUGACUUAACAGAAACAGAUUCUGGAUCUCUUGAAAUCAAAGAGGAACCAAAGGAAGUAGAACUGCAACAAAUGAAGGAAGAUGAUGGUCAAUCAAGUUGCCAGCAGAUGGUCAAGACUGAUGAUGAAGGCUUCAGUCAGGAUGAAAACCAGGAUGUACCAAAGGAAGAGACCGAAACAUUUAUGGUAACGGGUUCUGGAUCACUUGAAAUCAAAGUAGAACCAGAGGAACUGGAGCUGCAGCAGAUGAAGGAAGACGAUCACCAAUCAGAAUCGCAGCAGAUGGUAAAGAUUGAAGCUGAAGGCAUCAAUCAGGAUUAUAACCAGGAAGUACUGAAGCAGGAGACAUUAAUCAUAACUGCGUCUAAUAAUGAAACGGAUCACCAACAACCAGAACUCAGUGGAAACCAAAUGUUCUCGCACCAGAAGAGAGUUGAGAAAACCAGAGGGGAAAGUGACCAUGCAGAGAAAGGUGUGAAGGACAAGGAAAUGUACAGAUUAAAAAAAUGUAAACAGUGUAAUGUAUGUGGGAAAGGUUUCAAGUUAAACACCGAGUUAACAAUCCACAUGAGAACUCACACAGGUGAGAAGCCUUUCUUAUGUGUAACCUGCGGAAAAGGCUUCAGUCAAAAAUGUAAUUUGAAUAGCCACAUGGGAACUCACACAGGUGAGAAGCCUUUCUCAUGUGAAAUCUGUGGGAAAUGUUUUCGUCAAAAAUAUAUCUUGAUUAGCCACAUGAGGACUCACACAGAGGAGAGAGCUUUCUCAUGUGUAACUUGUGGGAGAACUUUCCGUCACAAGUGUAGUUUGAAUAAUCACAUGAGAACUCACACAGGUGAGAAACCUUUUGCAUGUAUAACAUGUGGAAAAGGUUUCAGUGAAAAAAAUACUUUGAUAAGGCACAUCAGAACUCACACAGGUGAGAAGCCCUUCUCAUGUAAAAUCUGUGGGAAAAGUUUUCGUCAAAGACAUAUUUUGAAUACCCACAUGAGAGUUCACACUGAGGAGAGGCCUUUCUCGUGUGCAACUUGUGGAAAAGGUUUUAAUCAAAAAGCCAAUUUGAAUAGCCACAUGAGAACUCACACUGGUGUGAAGCCUUUCUCAUGUGUAACCUGUGGAAAAUGUUUCAAUCAAAAAAUCCAUUUGGAUAACCACGUGAGAAUUCACACAGGUGAAAAGCCUUUUUCAUGUGAAACUUGUGGAAAAUGUUUCCGUGAAAAGCAUGUUUUGAAUACCCACAUGAGAACUCACACAGGUGAAAAGCCUUUUUCAUGUGAAACCUGCGGAAAAUGUUUCCGUGAAAAGCGUAUUUUGAAUAGUCACGUGAGAAUUCAUACAGGUGAGAGGCCUUUCAUAUGCGGAACCUGUGGGAAAUGUUUUGGCCAUAAAAAUAGUUAUACUUACCACAUCAGAACUCACAAAAGGGAAACCUUUCACCCAUCGUAUUUGUCCUAAUGAUGUCUGGUCCAGCUCUAAUUUGACAUGCGGUAAAAUUUAGUUUCAAAGAAGCAUUUUAACAUUCCCCAUAAGUUGGACAGUUUCUGUCAGAGUGUUCAGAAAAAAUGACUCCAUUAACAUUAAUGGCAUGUUUGAUGGUUUGUAGGUGAUAAAGGACUGUACUAAAUUCUUACAAUAGAGUUGAAAUCAUGCAUGAUGUGAAAUUAUAAAAGGACAAAUUUCUUUGUAUUUAAUUGGUGACAGUUAUUGAAAUGCAUUAAUUCUGGGUGUUGUGUGGAUUAAUGCUGCAGUAAAUUUUAUUAAUGUGAUGAAAACUAAUAAAUUCUCUCAAAUGUU